AUGGCGGACCCACCGGUGGAGGGCCGCCCUCCCACGGGCACGCAAGGAUCGACAGGGCCUCCCCCAGCGAAGAACGUUGAUUCGCUGACCCUCCCGCGCACGAGAAGACAACCUCAUCAGAGAGAUGAGACAACAACCAUAACACGACCGAGCGCCGAGUCGGCGGGAACGGGAUCAAACAACGGGCGCACCACCCUCAUCGAAGCCACAAAAUCCGAGCUAUUUGAAGUUAAACACGACCAAAACGUUCUCCGUGCUCAGAACGAGAAGCUCCACGAGGAGGUACGAGCGCUUCGUUCCCAGAUCGACGCGCUUGCGGCAACGCCUCCGACCAGAUCAUGGGCGGCGGUCGCGGCAAACGAUGGUAACCCAUCUCCCCAACCAAAUUCCCAACGACCGGACAAAGAUCAGAACUGUGUCCGAAUCAGCACCCAGCGAUCGUUUGUGGAUCCUAGAGACAAUGACAACAGCGAUGGAAAUACUUUUGGCAGAUAUCUCCCCACAGAGUCUGCCAACGGCUACAUCCGAACGGCCCUAUCGAGCGCACCAUCUACACAAGACGCCCAGGUUGCUGGGGUAGGCACCACCAAGACUGGAUACGUGAUUCGGUUCAAAAACCAAGAGUCGGCUAACGCAGCCCGCAGCAACCCUGAAUGGCUGCAUGAAUUGGGUAACAAUACAAGACUGGUUAAACCGCGUUUCGGAAUCGUCGUCCACCGCACUCCAACGGAGUUUUACGACUUAGAAAAUUCAAAUGCGCACGCUAUCGAGAGAAUUAUGGCGGAUAACGACAUGGCCGACCGAGGCUUCGGUAUCGAAGACGUAGCAUGGUUGAAAAAGAAAGACAAGGCACUAUCCAACUUCGCGUCACUGGGCAUCUGGUUCGACUCGGCAGAAGGGGCUGAUUGGGUGUUGAGCAACGGCUUCCUCGCCGGCCAGAGAUACAUCGGGAGCGUAGAGCGGUGCGAGAUCAAGAGAAAGAGAUGCUUCCGAUGCAAUAGGUUCGGACACUUGGCGUGGUCGUGUAAAGAAACACCGCGAUGCGGACAUUGCGCUGGCCAGCACGAACGACAGCGGUGCCCCCCGGGCGUGCGAGCUCGAUGCCUCGACUGCAGUGGUGAACAUCCAACUGGCGAUCUCCAGUGUCUGACCCCCGCGACUUCCAACCCUGCUCAAUGUUAG